AUGGCGUCUGGCUCUGGCAGCUGGGCACAACUGCGACAACAGGCCCGCUCACUCGAGACUCAGGUGCUCACUCUCAACUCAUCUGUUCUUCACAAGCUAAUGUUCCUAAGNACGGAUGCCUUGUUCCACACCUAUUCCCAAUAUGCGUCCAUGAGCAACAUUCCCGCCAAACCCGACGAGGAUGAACAACGAACAGAAGCUCAGCUACAGGACAUACUCGAGAGGCGGGAUCGCGCCAACCUCCUCUCCAACGUUCGCAACGACAUCAAUGCAUACCGUGCACAGAACCCCGAGCAAGCAGAGGCAGACUACAUGCUGGACGAGCGGAGCCGCAUCGACAACAGUCACAACAUGACCGACACUGUUCUCACACAGGCAUAUGCCAUCAACGAGCAGUUCGGCAUCCAGCGGGAGACCCUUACCAGCAUCAAUCGUCGCAUAGUCGGAGCAGCCAGCCAAGUACCUGGCAUCAACAGCCUGAUCGGCAGGAUAGGCAACAAGAAGAGGCGAGAUGGUAUAAUUAUGGGCAGCUUUAUUGCCUUUUGCUUCUUGAUCUUCAUGUACUUUUGGUAG